UGGGCGUUUCACACGUAUGGCGGAAGGGCAGGUGCGGCAACCUCAGCUGGCUCUGUAUCACAACAACCGUUAUCCGCGCGGAGGGAAGUCACCGAGGAUCCAGAGAGGCCUUUGGAUACGUUUUUCUGACUGAAUAAAACAGUAUCUAAUCUUUUCCAGACAAUCUGGAGGGCCGUCGACAUGACUCUGAAUCAGAAUCACUCGGAGUCCGGUGGUGUCAUCAUCAACAACAGUGAAAGUGUGCUGAUGAACCACGACAAUGUGGAGCUUGUUUUUUGUGACACGGAAAGGCUGCCCGAAGCCUUCAGAAAGAGCAAGAAGGGCAGCAUCUACCUGACUCCAUACAGGGUGAUCUUCCUGGCUAAAGGGCGGGAUGCACUGCAGUCUUUUAUGAUGCCUUUCUACCUGAUGAAGGGCUGUGAGAUCAAACAGCCUGUCCUGGGAGCCAAUUACAUCAAGGGCACAGUCAAUGCAGAGCCUGGAGGCGGUUGGGAGGGCAGUGCUACUUUCAAGCUCAUCUUUGCUGCUGGAGGAGCCAUAGAGUUUGGCCAGUACAUGUUGCAGGUUGCAGCUCAGGCAUCCAGAGGUCAGCCUGUAACUGCUGGCUUUGGUGGAUGCCCCUACAUGGCUAAUGGGGCCUACGCUUACCCACCUCCGCCUGCUAAUGGAAUGUACCCAGCAGGACCUCCACCCGGCUACUCCUACCCUAACCCUCCUCCUCCAGAUGGAUUCUACGCCACUCCUCCAGCAUUUGAUGCCUCUGCAGCAUACAUACCUCCACCUCCUUAUUCUGCUCCUCUGGGUCAGCAGCCACCACAUGAUCCAGACCUCCCCUCCUCGGCAGCAGCGGAGGCCAAAGCCGCUGAAGCAGCAGCGAGUGCCAGCUGUGCCACACUGCCCCCUACACAUGUGUACCUGCCGCAGGACAAGCCUCCUCCCUACUCUCCUCCAGAAGACAAGAAGAACCAAUAGACCUGCUUAAUGUCUCCCUCAUUCCUCUUUGUCCUCUAUCUUCCAUCCUGCUGGAUCUCAUUAUUUCUCUUACAUUAACCGGACAGUAGGAGGGCCAGUAUGUUCUCCCCCCCCCCCCCAAGAUUAUCAGUUUUUUUCAUCCUAAUCUCCUUCCAGCUCAUCUCCAUUUUGAUCUAACCUUAAAGUCAUCCAAUUGCUUUCCCGCCUCAGCCUGCAUUCCUUGUAACGACUCAUAUAUUGUAAUCAGCUUCAUUCUCUUCAAAUGCACCUUUACGUGAUGUAAAGUAGCAAAGAAGAAGUGUUGGUAGCAAUCUCUGAGGAAGAACAGAUUGUUCAGGCCAAAGUGUUUGGAGUGGUUUUGAGGGCUUUUUGAUUAAAACCUUGUAACCUGAUGAGCUAUUUUAGUAUUUCUUGCCUUGGAAGCCUCCCCAGAAUCGGGCAGCAACCUUAACUUCAGCUGUGCUCAUGAUGUCCUGUGACUGUCUAUAAAACUAGACUCAGAUAAAUGAUAGUAAAUACUUU